AUCUAGCUCAAGCACACCUGUAACUACUUAUCUGAAGCAUUUUACGAAGGCAUUGAGCCGGAACUUGAAAAUCGGACAACUCUCCAAACAAGUCAAUUAACACACUACGCGCCCGAGUAAAGGCGUACUUAUUUGAGAAUUCGGACAGAACAUAAGACUAACAAGACAUAAUGUUGCAGCGCAUGUUCUGCCUCCUAGCGACGUUCGUGACAUUGACCUCGGCCUAUAGUAGUUUCCGAAACAGCAUUCCGAACGGCAACAAUGUGCGGCACCCUUGCAACGCCUCUCUGACCUGGGCUGGUGUGGGGCACGAGAAUCAAGGAGGCGGAGGAGCCCGAAACCCUUUCGGAAUCGCAUGGAAAGCGAAUGGACUUAUAUGGAAUAGCGCGAUGUGUAUGCAAGAUUCGGAUGAAGACGGGCGGACAAACGGCAUGGAACUAGGAGACCCAAACUGCACAUGGAGUUCCGGAAAAACCCCGUCGUUCGCUGCCUCGGGACAUCCUGGCAUAUGUGAGCCAAUCAACAGCCCGACUUGCCAGCAGAAGAACACCUUUCUGAAUUGCGGAGGGCCGACCAAAUUCGAUUGCCCUGCUGCCGAUCAGACACUGCACCCAGACGUUAUAACAGAGGAUAUACGUCUUGCUGCUGGCACCAAGGUUCCAGCGCAAGAGACGACCUACAUGUGCCAGGGCUUCAACCUCUCGCCAAAAGUCACCAACGGAAGUUACCACAUGAUCGCGGUUUCGCCGCUUAUCGUCAAUACGGAAGUUGCCCAUCACAUAAUUGUUAGGGGGUGCUCCGUAAUAGGUGCUUUGACCGAGAAGCACACAAAUGCAACGUAUCAGUGCUUCAUGGGCGACAAUGUCGGCUGCAAUGACAUAAUCGCCCUGUGGACGGUGGGAAACUACGGAAUGUGCUACCCGAACGAGAUCGGGUUUCCGGUCGGGAUUGGAGGAUACACACAACUCGUGUUUGAGAUCCACUGGCACAACCCUUAUCUGUUGGACUCCUACGUGGAUAAUUCCGGUAUCCGACUUUACCUCACCCCGAACAAGCGACCAAAUGACGCUGGUGUAUUUUUCUACGGCCCUAUGGACCUACACAUUCCCCCAAUGAUGUCAGCCCACGGUCAAACCGGUUUCUGUUCAGGAAACUGCACAGCCAGGCUUUUCAAUAAAGAUGUCCAGAUAGUAGGAGCGUUUAACCACAUGCACAAUCUAGGGUCCUCCGCUUUAGCUGAGAUCAUACGUCAUGAUACCGGAGAGGCUGUCAUGUUGGCUCGAGACGACGCAUAUGACUACAACAGUCCCGCCAUCUACAUGUAUAAGCAGUUCAAAACCUUCCGCCCCGGCGAUACGUUAACCGUCAACUGCGUGUUCAACUCGAUGUCAAGGACGACUGCAACCAAAUACGGAGAGGGGACACUCGAUGAAAUGUGCUUCACCUUCCUAAUAUACUAUCCAAAGAGCGCCGCUAGGUUUGGAACAUGUUUUUCAUACGACGGCGAGGAUACGUGUCAAUUGAGACAAUGCACCGACGAAGUCUACCAACAGCUUGGCGAAAGGCUGUGGAAAUCAUGCCCGCUGACUGAGUGCACCGAAGACUGCAAGAAGCUCACGCGCGAGUUCCAGCAACACCCUUGUCUAACAGCAAAGAAGCGUAACGACAUGGUCAACGAUGUACUGAAGUCGCCCGAUGCGGAGACGAAAGCUUUAACGUUUGAGUUCGUGAUGCGAUUUGAGAUCUGCAAGGCUGAGAUUGCGCGAGAAGACAUGGCAACACAGUGCGGUGGAGGAAGCAUCAACGCGGCAACUUCCUUUUCCGGUUCCUUGAUUUCCGUUUUUGCAGCAAUUUGCAUUGGCAGUCUGGCUAUUGUAAAUGCUGACGACAAAAUACUUUUGUAGAGAGAAUUUUCGUUUCGUUCAUAAAUUGUUUGCAGAAUCAUCGGCAGACGCUUUCUAACGUAAUACGGUUAUUGUUAAAUACUUAAAAUCUUACUGGCGUUCCCUUACAAUAACACAUUGUAAAGAUUUUGACUGUCUUUUGGAGUGUUAUCUAUGUUAUUUAACUAAUAAACAAUUUUGAAGAAGCACUAUUUGGAAACGACCAAUAUCACCAAUUUGUAAUCGAAGUCACGUGUUUAUGUAUUUUCUGUCUGUACGUCUUCAUGUAUGUAUGUAUCUUCUGGACUUAUUUCCAUGAACUAUUUUUCCAUUAAAAGUAUUGAAUGUUA